GGCGGGGCUUCUUUGACCCGUUUCUGACCAAUGGCUUUGCUCCAGUGGGCGGAGCGUCUAACUUGCUGUGGCCAAUCGGCGACGGAGCAAGCCAGCGGACUGGCCUGUUUACCCGCGUGCCUGACACACGUGAGCUGGAACAGCCAUUGUACACCGGGAGGCAACGUGCUGAAGCGUUCCUUCUCGACGAAAAAAAAAAAAAAAAGGAGAACGGCAGACUCACGUUUUCCGUGGAUUACAAGGAAACUGGAAAAGCCGUGCAGGCAGCGUGGGCAGCCGAAACCUGCUCAGCGAGAACUAAACCUAACAUUUAAACCUUUAAUAUCAAACAUAAUUAUUUGGAGUAACACUUUUAAAUGGAGAGAAUGUUUCAGCUCGCAAGCCGCGUGAACUUGACAAACGAUAUAAAAAAUAAAAAAAAAAUAAAAUCACGGUGACCGUACCUGUCAGACAAAACAAACAACCUCCUCGAGGAAUGUGUGUUCACGCACGAGGAGGAGGAGUAGGUGUGCCUCAUAAAUAUUGAGCGUGCCAAGAAACAGCCCGGAGGCUUUAUUUUUUUAUUAACGCCCCGCCCACUUCUCCUCGCGCCUGUUCCGCGAGGUGUGUGACGUCACGUGAACUGCCCGUGUCCGUUCCAGCUGAGGAACAGAGAGAAAAAAAAAGAAAAGGCGGGGGUAAGAGAGGACGGCUCGGCUCGGACGUGGACGUCGCUCAGCCCGAACACAAGCCCGUGACUGCUGCACCCCCCUCCUCCUCCGGGAUAAAAAAAUAAUUAGACAGAAAGGAAACGACCCUUCCUCCUCCCUCCUCCUCCUCCUCCUCCUCCUCACUACUGACGGACAGCAGAAGAGAGAAGCAGCAACUUGUCAUCCCUGUUGUUUUCUUUUUGUGUGUUUACACUCUUUUUUUUUCUCCACGGAGGAACCAUUUUUUUAAAGGGGGAUCUAUUUUUUUUAUAUCCAUUUUUGAUUUUAUCUCCAGACGACUUAAUUCUGCCUACUUUUCACAGUUUUCCUUCAAGCUGCAGCAAUGGAAUACUUUGAAAAUAUUUCUACAACAAAAUAAGGAUCUCAGCCACUGAAAGCCUUCACUUCGUCUAUCAGCAGGCACUCUGCUCAGAUUGCAGCGACCCUCCACCAGCCCCCCAGUUUGUCCGCCUGCCUGAGAGACCCUUCGCCGCCGCCGGUCUGAGAUGUCCAGGCAGCUCUCCCAGCUCCCGACCCCUGACCUUCCAGCCGGGGCGAGCCCACAGUUUGGGAGCUGUACCCAGUCCCUUACAGGGGGUCACGUCAACUCAAUGGCUGGUCUGAAGUCCCUCCUGCAGCAGCCCAUGAAGGGGGACCACCGUCUGAAGAACUCUUGUGACACAAAAGAUAAAGACAGACUGGACCUUGAUGAGGACUCUUUGGGAGUGUGCUCCUUGAGGAACAGUAAUGGAAUGGUCACCAGUAACAGCAGUAACGGUUGUGGAGGAGGAGGAGGAGGAGGUGGGAAUGGAGGAAACUUCAACCAGUUCCUGUGGGAUCGCACCCUGCAGGCGGACAGCGGCCUCUUCCAGCUCCAGUACAUGGACCUGGAGGAGUUCCUGACUGAGAACGGGAUGGGCAGCGCGCACAGCAACAACAGCUCCAGCUCGGCCCAGAUCCCCUCGCAGAGCUCGCAGUCGGCGGUGCCCAACCAGAGCUCCCAAUGCCUACCGCCCUCCUCCCCUCCGGGGUCCUCGUCCUCCUCGCCCUCGUCCUCCUCGUCCCCGUCCCUCAUCGGCCUGGAGGUGGCCCAGCCGCAGGGUCUCGCCGGAGGAACUGACUGCCUGCACGGGAGCCAGACGAGCAUGAACGACUCCUGCGAAUCGCCCUCCUCCUCUUCCUCAUCCUCAUGUCCACCUCUGCUGACGCCCACCAGCAGCGGGCCGGACGCCAUCGGGAUGUUUGACAUGGACUCCUCAGACAUGGCUCUGUCCAGCACUUCCAGCCAGCAGAACUUCGACCCCAGGAGGCACUCCUUCAGCGAGGAGGAGCUGAAGCCUCAGCCGAUGAUCAAGAAGGCCCGCAAAGUUCUGGUGCCCGAUAACCUGAAGGACGAGAAGUACUGGACCAGGAGGUACAAGAACAACGAGGCGGCCAAGCGUUCACGGGACGCCCGCCGUCUCAAAGAGAACCAGAUAUCCGUGCGCGCCGCCUUCCUGGAGCGCGAGAACGCUGCGCUCCGACAGGAAGUGGCCGAAAUGCGGAAAGAACUGGGCCGGUGUCGCAACAUCCUUAGCAAAUACGAGAACCGCCUCGCCGACCAGUGAUGUUGGUGCGAAGGAGAAGCUCAAAAAAAAGGAGGAAGACAAGGAGACUUAUAAGCUGGAUUCUAUUUGAGACUCUGGAAUUUCUCGGACAGAAUGAGGUCAAGAUGAUGAUGCUGAUGAAGAAGGUGAUUAAAUGAUGAAUGUAAAAGACGAGGAAAAAAAAGGUUUUGAGUACCCAAGCUCAGGUUGUCGGCUCUUAAAAGUGAAUGAUGGAGAGAAUAAUUUAACAGAAAACAAAUGGAAAAAAAAAACAAAACAAAAAAAAGACGUGACUUUUAAGAGUUUUGUUAUUGGAAAAAUUGUAUAUUUUUGUAAUACUUCAGAAAAAUUUAGAGGGGAGAGCAAAUCUGGAGAAUAAUUUUGUAUAUUUUCUACGUGUUCAGGACACAGAGAUGGGGGGAGAACCCUAGAUUUUAUUUUCGAUGAGUCAGGAGGCGGCCAUUUAUGGUUAUUUUUUUUAUUUUUCUCCACUUGAUGGUCAUGAUGCUGCAGCAGGGGUUGAGAACGCAUGUAAACAAAUGUAAUAUAGAGAGCAGAGUUAUCUUAAAACAAUAUAGUUCAACAUUUUGUGGAUUUUACUCGAGCACUUCUUCGGGAUUUCUUUGAUUUUUUUUUUUUCCCUGUCAUGUAUCCGUCACUGGGCAUGCUCUGUGGAGACUGAAUGAUGGACACGAUGUAAACAGUUCAGCACUAUCAACAUUGUCUUGUGUCUUUUAUUUUUAAAUAUAAACAAUUGCAGCCUUUGUAAUCUACAUAUUUUUUUCUAGUCUCCCAACGAUAUUUGCUCUUUGCACCUUAACCGGACUUGAGUCCUGACUAUUUUUGGAUCUUGUUUUUCUUCAUCCCUGAGGGGUACUUUCAGUCCACUCCAGUGUUUUUGUGCUGGUGAAAGCCUGUUGUGAAGCCCUGGGUAGUUCUACUCCUCUGCAUCCUCUUUAUGUUUUCUAUAUCCACAUCUCUAUUUCUGUCCCCCCACCUUCCUCGCAGUUCUAUGCGAACUCUUUCCACAUAAGAUAUCUCGUGUACUUCUACUUCACGAGAGUACUUAAACCUCAGUGUUCAAUAUCAGUCCCCCCCUCGCAGUAAGAUGCACUUUGUUAUUAAUGUAGUGUAAUAAAUGGACAUGCUUUAAUUAAAAAUGCGAAGAGAGAAAUGUUAA